CCGGCACGUAGAUAGACAAAGGUGUUGGUAAAUAUACAAUGCAACGAGCGUUCAGUAAUAACAACAACGUCCACUGGCACGAUGAUCAUCGUGCUAUUCCACGUGAUUUACUUUCUUGGUAAACUGGUCUAUCGUCGCUACAACUGCGCCGAUAGAGAUCGAAUUGUGAGUGGAGAGGUCAAGCUAAAUAUUAGUCAGGACAAAGACAUGAGAGGGAAGAUCAACUUGAAACGACGUUUUUCCAAUGACAACGCGGAUGAGAAAUCCAAGAAUAACAUCAGAUUUAAUCCUCCAGCUUACAUUCAGCGAUAUCAAGCUGUACUCAAUGUUUUGACUCAUCCGCGCUAUGGAGGUAAUCUCAAAAAGAUCGUGGAUUUUGGUUGUUCUGAGCUUCAAUUUUGCGUGUACCUUAAGAAUAUGACAGGAGUUGAAGAAGUACUGUUUGUUGAUAUUGACACAGAUACCAUAAACAUGUAUAAAGAUAGAGCAAGGCCUUUGCAUGUCGACUAUCUUCAUAGAAGGUCUUCCCCUUUAGUUAUGCGAGUAUUAGAAGGAAGUAUUACUCAACCCGACCAACUUUUAGAGGAUACUGAUGCAGUUAUAUGCAUAGAACUGAUUGAACAUCUCCACUCAGAGACUUUACUAGAAGUACCUCAGAAUGUUUUUGGGUUUAUAAGGCCUAAAGUAGCUAUAUUUACAACUCCAAAUGCUGAGUUCAAUGUGCUUUUUGAUGGAAUGACAGGGUUCAGACAUCCUGACCACAAAUUCGAAUGGACAAGGAAAGAAUUUCAAGACUGGGCAAACAAUAUUAUAGCAAGAUUUCCAGAAUAUGAAGUGUCAUUUCAGGGUAUAUGCAAUGGACCAGAAGGAACUGAAAAUCUUGGCGCAUGUUCACAAAUGGCAGUCUUCCAUAGAACAUGUGACCUAAAAGUUGUAAAAGUACCUGGCAUUGAAGGCCUCUAUAAAUCUAUAGAGGUGUAUGAAUAUCCUUUUGAAAUUGAUAAUCGCUCAGAUGAGCAGAAAAUUCUUGAUGAUGCGAUAUAUUACAUCAAUAAAUUUUCUAUCAACCAAGAAGAAUUUGAAGAGCAGAUUCCAUUGAAAAAACUAUUAAAAACCAUGUCAAAUUUUUACAUUACAGAAGAUUAUUUAAAAGAAAUUUUGGAAAAUGCAAGUUAUACAGUAGUUGAUAGAGAUGAUGGACUAGUUGUUCUAGUUCCUCAGCUAAGUUCAGAAUCAGAAGGGCCUAGGAGUUGGAAUGAAGAUGAUUUUUUAGAUACUGUUAAUGAUUGGGAUGAAGAACCAGGACCACCAGUUGGUUAUUAUAAUCGUAAUCAAAAUUUAGAUAUCGAUUUACUAGAUGAACAAGAUUGGGACAAUGAACCAUAUAUUACUGUAAGUAGACAAGCUGCAAAUGAAAACAGUAGCACAAAUAUUGAAGAAGAUUGGGAAGUUUGGGAUCAACAAGAUAAUGCAUCAAGUGCACAGAUUGGACAGCAUGGAGUGGAUGAUAAUAAUGAAAAUACUAAUGCUGAUAAUGCAGCAGCAAACAAUAGUACUGCAUCAAUUCAACCAGAUGAUAUGAGUCUCGAGGACAUAGUAACUGAGAGUCGUUCUACUGAAUUAGUUAACUCUACUUUAGAUAGUUCCAUAGAAAUUUCUAGUUUUACAGAAACUAAGGGUUCUGAUACUUCAGAUACAGCAACCAUUCCCUGCCAACAAACACAAGAAUCUUUAAUAUGUAUUGACAAGAAAAUAAUUGAAACAAACAGCUCAACUUCAGAAACAAUAGGAAAUGUAACACUAAAGUACUCAAUGGAUGAACCAGUAAAUGAUUCAAAUAAUUCGUCUUACAAAACUACCAGCAUUUGUAGUAUGUUUUUAGAACCAUCAAGAAUGAGUCAUUUGGGUAGUACAGAACAAUUUUUAGAUUCUCCAAUGCCAAGCCCUUUGAUGGCUAAGCAAUGUGAAAAAUUGAAACUGGACAGUAGUGUAUUGUUUAAUAAUAUAAAUGAAAGUAAUUUUGAAGAUCCAAAAUACACAAGUUCUCCUCAUAUUCCAUCAACUGUUACUUUCAAAAAAAUAAAAAUCACAGAUACUCAUAUUGGAGUGUCUCCAAGCAUAAGUGAUGUAGAUUUAUUAUGUUUUAAUAAAGAGUCACAGAAUAUUGAUAAGGGUGAAGAAUGUUUAUUAGAAAGUGUUGCAGAUAAGAGCGAUGAUAAAUAUGAUGCUCCAAGUACAGGUUCAAAUGAACCUGUAAUUGGUGAAAAUGAUAGAAUUGAGUGUUCACCACAAAGAAAUGAAACUCCAGAGAAAUUAAGGAACUGUACUGGUACAAUACCAAAAAAUAUAAGUUAUAAAUUAUCAAACAUUACAGACAGUGCGCAAAAAGAUCUGAAAUUGGAAAGAAUAUCUCCAGAUACACCGGAAAGCUUGUUGAACAGUUGGUCUCCAGAAAUUAUGGAUUCUGGUUAUCCAAAUUCCAAUUCACCUCCAGACCUAUCUCCUGUGGAUGAUCUCUCCAGCAUUGCACAUGAUCGAACAUUAGACUCAGAAUCUCCUAGUGUAGCUGACGCGCCAAGAAUCGGAUAUUUUGAUAUGGCAGAAAAUAGAGAUUUAGCUAAUAAUAAUUUGGAUGACGAAGGUAAUAAUAUGGAGCCUGAGGAAGAAAAUCCGCAUAUUAAUGACAUACGGCCAUUCAUCAAUGUUCAUGAGAAUGAUUUGGAAAAUGAAAAUGACAUUUAUGUAGCGCGAAACAAUGACUUUCCUAUCUGGCUAUUGAGACUGCUACAGAGAUUUGACGCUGAUGGAGUUAGAAUAAACUUGCCAAUACCACAACCUCCUAACGAAAAUUUUGGAGAUUAAUCAUACGUACAAGAACACUGAUGAAAGACGCACUUAACGUUUUGUUACUUUUUAUAAAAAAAUAAAAGUAUGAAGUGUUCACUUUGUGGAUUUGUUCUUAAUAUUUGCAGUACUAAACAAGCAUUUGUGGUACACAAUUAGUGAGCUUCUGUUAGACCAAUAAUUUUUUAACAGAAUCAAUAAUCUAUGUGAUAUUUGGUCGAAUGUUUAUUUGAAUGAUAUACGUAUCACUUUAUAUUUACUGGGAAAUUUCUCUUUAAUAAUCGAAAAGUAUAACGAUCAUGUUAAAUAUUUUUUAUAUCAUUUGAAAAGUUUUUGAAACAAAUGUGUUCAACAGUUUUGAUUUUGAACCAGUACAUUUAUUAUAAUUUUUUAGAGUACAAAAAAUGAGAAAAACAUUUUUUAUAAAACUAAUAGCGAUGUAUUGUUUUGGUUUUUAUAUUAAAAAUAAAAAAUAUAUUUAUUAUUUCUAUGAAAAUGAAAAAACACUUUUUAUUGAAAAAAAAUGUUGUGGAGAGCACUGUUAUUCGAUCAUACUGUCAAAAUAAUAAAAAUUAAAUAAAUACAUUAUCUAUUUAAGUAUGAAUAAAUUUAGACAUUCGCGUUUCAAAAUAAGAAAACGGUAAGGUUAUAAACUAUUUAUAAUUAUUUUUCUAAAAAGUCUGAAUAGUCUAUACCAGUGUUGACAACGAAACUGAAUCUUGUAUAUAUAUGUCAUGUUCUAUACAGUUCGACAUUGUACAAAUUAAGUCAUAUUUAAUCAAUAGUCAAGCUAUCAUGAGUGUUUUAUCAGAGGCUGAUAUUGGAUAUAAUUUCACCUAAAAAUGAUAAAAUUUUAUCUAAUGACAUACUAUGAGAUUCUAAAAAAAUUCAAAAAAUUCAAAAGUUUAGUCUUUAUUAUAAAAAAAACCAUUGUACUCUACAAAGAAAUUAAAAAUGAAAGCCUAUUAACUUAACAAUUAUUGUUAUUUCAUUCUUUGUUCAAUCCGAUUGUACAUACAAUAACUUUGCAGAUUAAGGAAAAACAUAGUUACAUUGGGUUUUUUUCUUAACGUUAUCACUACACGCCUAAAUAAUUCAGAAACCUUGCUGCAUGGUUUUCUGUCUUCCUCCAGGAAAUUAUCCUCUUCAAUAGAGUACAAGUUGCCGAUUUCUCUAUUGAAAGAACAGUGAAAAGUUAUUUCAGCUCUAUUUUCCAUUUUUGCUGACUACAAAAAGAGGUUUUGUACUCGAUGUGAUUUUUUUGUGUACAUCUACGUUAAUCUCUGGGAUAAAUCAACCAAAUUCAACGAGGGUAUGCUUCCGAGAUGGUUCCGUUUCAUUAUUGGCUUGAUUCAAACUUUGG